UAUAACUACCCUAGUUUUAUCAAUCUGCUAAGUUGUUCGGUCGAUCCUCAACCACUUUUCACGAUCCAUCCAUGAAGAGAUCGGCGAACACCGAUCCAGUCAUCAUCUCCAUCUAUGUCGAAUCACCAUCAUCGUCUUCCUCUCGAAACCCUAAUCAUCCCACCACAAAGAUCAAGCCAAGCUCAUUCCUCGAAAACCCUCAAAUUCCGGGAACAGACGGUUACGAUCGUCGCGCUCAGCUCCUUGCCUAUGCAAGAGGAAUGAGAACCAGUGGCGGCUCUCAACCAGCAGCGCAGCGGACCGAGCAUAGGAAGAGUGGAUGGUCAGCCCAAGCUGGGCCAAAGAGGCUCCGAAUAUGUCUCGAUCGGAUUCUUCGGCGACGGAACAAGAGUCGGAGAUACGAGCACCUCGGGUCCGACGAUGAAGAAGAAGAAAGAUCUGUGACUCCUGAGCGUGCCAAUCAGAGAAGUAAAAUGCCCUUUUACAGGAAAUUCAGACGCAUGCUCGGAAAGUUAUCAUGCGGAUGGAAGUGCGCAAAAGGAUCAUCAUGACAAGAGGUGCACAUGAGUAGUUGUGGGAAGAGGUAUUUAAUCGAUUGGCAUAGUAAAUUCCAUUGCUGUAGCCCUGGGACUCUUCAUCUGAUCGAGAUUUACACGUUAAUAUAUUCAUAAACAUGUGAGAGACGACGGGCGCGCAUCGCAUCAUAUAUAAUCAUUCGAGUCUGCGCUUUCCGGUUUCUGUAUAUUUUCGUCUGUGCUCAUUAAUUUAGUCAUUCCCUCGAUUUUUUUUCUUGGUUCAUCCUCGUUAGCGGCAGAUCCAUGAACUUCUCAGACGCCGAUAUCUUCAAAUUCAGCAAUUGAUCAGCGCGCUUUUUGCCAACAAACGCAUACCAGGUCGAUAGAAAUAUUUGAAGGACAAAAAGAGAAUUGAGGGAUCUUGGAUUAAAGACAGCGAUUGCUUAUAAACAUAUAUUAGGAAAGAGUUCUCCAACUAACGAUACAAUUAAUUGCCAAAUCUCAAUUAGCAGAAGGUAGUGUCUGCCCUGAUUUCGUAAAUGCUCUCAAGUAACCGUCGUUAAUUCGCAUAUGGUUCAUGUCCUUCCAUAUGACAGUGAUUGAUUCAGUUCAGCUCCCAAAUAGUUUCACUUUUAUUGCAAGGUAGCUGCUUUUCUUUUCUUUUUCCAUUUAUAAGAGAUUUAGAUCUUUUAUUUCCUAUUAGUAAUAGCCUACUAGCUAUAUAUUCUAAAGAAACGCCUAUAUAUCUUAGCUAAAUUAAAAAAUUUAGAAUUGAAUUGUCACAUAUUUAUGAUUUUUUUAAUAAUUUUUCCAGGGAUAUGGUAUAAAGUAUUUACACAAAUCUAGUAUCCUCGUAGCGAAAUCGAAAGAAUUAUUUUAAAUAGUGUUUGUUGUCCACUCACAGUCGGUCAUCACAUGAAGGAUUUUCAGUAUGUUCCGCAAAACCUGCUUUUUCUUUUCAUGUGCAUCCACCGCUCACAAGUCAUCGGUCAACUAUGCAUAGCACGGCUGAUAGGAUAGAUUAAGAAUCGACAAUUUGGCGAAGGGACGAGGGUUGUGUUUUUCUUUUCCGCAGGGCCCCCCGGUCGUCCUCGUGCAGGACACGGUUUUUCUUCUUCCCCCGGAGACUUUUCUUGGCCCUAGAGUCGGGCUCAACGACGAGACGACUGGACGAGAGGUUCCAGGAAUUCUACGGGAUCGUUACAGCAUUUCACCCGUGAAGAAAAUACAGCGUUCCGUCUAUGACUCUAGGAGCAGACGGGGCUGCUGAAAAGAAGCUCUAAU